AACUUCUAUUUGUUUAGUGGGAAGUUACAUUCAAGGGUUUCAAUUUUCAUCACGACUCAUUCAGAUCGAUCUCCAGAUUUGUUCAUCGAUCGUACAACAACAAUCUUCAAUUGUUUCAAUUCAACCUCUGCACAAAAGCAAUCGGAGCGUGUUAACGAGUCUAUCGAUCCUCGUAGAUCUCCUCCAAUCAACCUAAUUCAAACUCAAACCGCUACAAAUCCAGAUCCGUUUGCAUCACUGUUUACUGUUAACCGAUCGGUUUCUAGUUGUCCUUGAUCGUUCAAUGGCAACGAGAAACAGAACGGUCUUGUUUAGGAAGUAUAGAGAUGCGUUGAAGAGCGUUAGGGCUCCGUCGAGUGUAGGUUCUUCUAGCUCCGGUGGUGGUGGUGGUCCGGUGAUCGAGUUAGCAACUGUCGGUUUGGUUAAGCAGAAUCGUGAUUAUGCGCCUCUUAGUACGGAGGAUCCAGGGACUUCAUUUGGAGGGGCGUUUACCGUGGGUCUUCCUCCCGCUUGGGUUGACGUAUCUGACGAAAUAACAGGAAAUGUGCAGCGUGCGAGAUCCAAAAUGGCCGAGCUUGCAAAGGCUCAUGCCAAGGCUUUGAUGCCCUCUUUUGGGGAUGGUAGAGAAGAUCAACACCGGAUUGAAGCUCUAACCCACGAGAUAACUGAUCUUCUUAGAAAAUCUGAAAAGAGAUUAAAGAAAUUAUCUGCUGGUGGGACUUCUGAGGAUUCAAAUAUUAGGAAAAAUGUUCAGCGGUCUCUUGCGACUGAUCUUCAGAGCCUUUCAGUGGAACUCAGGAAGAAGCAAUCAACUUAUUUGAAGCGCCUUCAGCAGCAGAAAGAGGGUCCAGAUGGGGUUGAUCUAGAAAUGAAUCUAAAUGGAAAACAAUCUAGAACCGAUGAUGACGGAUUUGAUGAUUUGGGUUUCAAUGAACAUCAGAUGGCUAAAUUGAAGAAAAGUGAGGCUUUCACAGUGGAAAGGGAGAAAGAGAUUCAACAGGUUGUGGAAUCAGUAAACGAGCUUGCACAAAUCAUGAAGGAUCUUUCCGUCCUUGUGAUUGACCAGGGAACCAUUGUUGAUAGAAUAGACCACAAUAUUCAAAAUGUUGCAGCAUCUGUGGAUGAAGGCCUCAAACAGCUACAAAAGGUUGUCCUUAACUCUUUUAAGCUAUUUCAACCCUUUUACUUUUUUGGGCCGGGUCAAACUGUAUUUUUGUAGAUUGUUUUAUUAAAUAACUUAGAAAAUUAUCAUGGUAUUAUAAUGCCUUUGUAAUUUAUAUUUAACACGUUAAUUAUCAGAAGAAUUUUAUAUAUACAUCUACAAACUUCCUAAACAUCAUGUAUACCCAUGCAAAAUAUACCCCCUUAUUUAAUUGUUAAAAUAUCAAAGUUGCACAUUUUAAUUUAUUUCAUUGAAACAAUUUAGAAUAUGACCAUUCUACCCUUAUUUUUCACAAAAUUUUAUAGUUGCUUUUUUUUACUUAGUUUUUUUGUAAUUUCCAGCUGUUUCUAGGGACUGCAUUUCUUUUUACUUUUAUUUGUACAAAGUUGAUAAAAACAGUCCCGACCUGAUUGUUCCCUAAUAGUUUUUGGGUCAACCAGGACUGUAUUUUGACCCAACCCGACCUGACCUAUAUGUCUGCUGCACAUAUACUUUAAUGAAAC